UACCAAACUGCAAACAUGUACAGAGGUCAGUCUUUCCAAGAUACUGGACAAACUUAUGAAAAUGUGCAUUUUAAUAUGUACUAUCCGGUAACUCAGCAACCGUACAACGUACAGCAAGCGUACAACGUAAAUUACGGCGGGAAUAUAUAUUAUAACGUUUAUCCAAGCCAUGUAACAUGUGAUAACAGUACUGUUAAUAACGCGACGUCAAUCGAUAGAGUAAGAACGAGACGGGAGGACGAAAAGGCCAUUGAACAGUUCCUUCAAGGGGCGGAACCGGCGGUUCCUACCAAGAGCAAGCGGAAAGGUCCGUGUCAGAUCGCGGCUGCUAAGAGUGCGUUGAUAUCGGUGGCUAGGUUGAAUAAACGCCUCGAGGCCGUUUGCGCGGAACUCGAGAGCGACGUUCACUUGCCGGAAGAGCAAUGGCAGGAGAAGGUCAAUGCCUGUAACGCUGCGAAGCAUGAAAUCUGCGAGAUCUUGAGAACCGUAAAAGACGUGAACUUUUUGAGUAAAGUUAAGAAAGAUUUAGAAAGGUGUAAGAAUAAACGUACGAGGGAGCGGCGUAGAAGAAAAGAGUGGAAGAGAGAAAAGUUAAUGAGGGAAGAAAGAAGAGCGAGGUUGCACGCGGAGGCUGACGCGUGGAUCCGAAAGGAGCAGGCGGUAAUCGAGCGGGAAAAACAGGAGGAGAAAUUGCGCAAGGACGCGGACAUGGUUCUGUCCGACGUUCGCAGCAAGAGGAGCGAUGCGCGAAAGUAUCUGGGAAUUUUGCAAGAACUACAGAACUUACGAAAUAUCAAGGCGAACAUCGCUCGAGCAAGGGGCGAAAAACUGUCCUCGGCAGAUGACGGAGCAUUCAAUGAUACCAUCGCUAAAUUAACGGAACAGUGGACCACUUUGGAUCACGAAUAUGCGGUGGAAGAACAGGAAUUAAAAUUGAUGUUAAAAACAGAUAACGAAAAGAGGAUCGAAAAGCAGACGAAAAAUAUAUUCGAAGAUUGGGAGCAUGUGCUAUUUGGAACAAGUGUACUGGCUGCUGAACGAUCUUACAAGAAUGUGGAUAGUUUUAUUAUGAUUCGUACGGCAUGGGAUAAGUUCAUUGGUUCGGAAAAUGAUGGGACAACAAUUCCAAUUGGAUGGAUAGUGCCCGAAAAACCAUCUUCUGCUGCUUGGCAAAAAUGCCUCAAUAAGGAGACUUCUUGAAAUAAGUGAAUGACAUGUUAAUUUAAGUUUAAUUAAAAAAUAAAGAAAACAAUUUGCUAGAAUAUCUUUAAGCCACGCGACUUGUGUACACUACGAGAUAAAGUUUUUCAUUAUACUUUCGCAAAGAUUGUCAUACACGUUGAGAGAAAUAUUACUUUAAUUUUUAAA